AUGACAACCAUCCCCGAAGACAUGGACGAAUUCGUCAACUGGGAGGCUGCCGCUACCGAAAUGGGCAACAUCUUCAACAUGCCCACUCAGGACGUGCCACCCACCGAUCCUAAUCUGGACCUGGUACUGGAGAAUGCCGACGACGACGACUUUGGAUUUGUCGCCCUAGAGCACUUUUCCGGGGAACUUGCACCAGGAGCUGGUCUGACUGGUGGCAACCCCCUCGAAUUGGUCGACAUGCAACUCUCCAGCGCCCAGGAGGACUGGUGGUUCGCUCCCGAAACUCCUUGCAACAAUUGCAUCCUUGGCGGCUUUUCAUGCAAGCAGAUCAAGGAGGGAAAGUUCAAGUCGUACUGUACUUCGUGCGUCGCCCUUCGGAGUGAAUGCAGCUUGGCUGAGCAUCUGCCUGGCCUGGCUGAUCUCGACGAUUCUGAUGCCAUCCCAUCCCAAAACCCCUGGCCCAUCAUGGGAGACCACCCCCGCGCCGUUCAAGAAGAUGACUCCAUGGACUUGAUGUUGUCUCUGAACACUUGGCCUGCGAUGGGUGAUCAUCCUCGUGGUGUCCUCGAGGAUAACGUCCUUGCUGCUGGCCUGCCCGAGACAUCGACACCAGAUUUGUUGAGAGGCAUGACCGCUGCAGCCGAUGAGGCUGUCGUGGCAGCACAGAGAAAGACGGCUACUCCGGCCAAAGUUGGUGCCCGUUUCUCGCGCGAAUCUGUCCGUAUUCUGAAAAACUGGCUUUCGACGCACACUCGCCAUCCUUAUCCGAGUGACGAAGAGAAAGAGAUGCUUCAGCGUCAGACUGGCCUCAACAAAACCCAGAUUACCAACUGGCUUGCCAACGCUCGUCGUAGGGGCAAGACGCAGGCCCCUCGUUCCACUUCACCUCACCCGCGCAGCUACAGCGGUGCCAUUGACAUUCCUCAAAGGCGGGGAACUCCUGCACCGGACGGCAGAGUGCGCAACAUGAAUCCCUUGGAGCGUUGGGUUGACUCCCCGCCGGAAAACGAACCCGCUACGGUGUCUGCUAUUGCUCUCGCCGUGGCGUCCAGUUCUGGAGCUUCGUCAUCAGGUCUCACGAGCCCAUACAGCUUCAACUUCACCGACGACGGAUCAGGCAAGUCACUCUGCAAUGCUUCCUCGGCCAGCUCUCUCGGAACCUCCCACGGAACCUCCCACUCCAGCGGCGGCUCGUUUGCGUCCGCCUAUUCUCAUGCCUCCCGUGGCUCAUUUGGCUCAUUCGGGUCCUUCAACCGCGGCCGUAGGCGCCGCAGGAGGCGAGUCGGCACCAAGGUUGAAGAGAAGACCGCUCUCGCUGCUCCUCCCAAAACCUUCCAAUGUACAUUCUGUACCGAAAGUUUCAGGACCAAGCACGACUGGCAACGGCACGAGAAAUCUCUUCAUCUUUCCCUCGAGAGGUGGGUGUGUGCCCCUGAUGGACCGGUUGCACUCAACCCGGCGACAAAUCAGCUCGCCUGUGUGUUCUGCGGGGAGGCCAACCCCGACAAGGCCCAUAUUGAGAGCCACAAUCAUUCAGCAUGUCAGGAGCGGCUGCUUCAGGAGAGGUGCUUCUACCGGAAGGAUCAUCUGAACCAACACUUGCGCCUCGUCCACGACUGCAAGUUUGUCGACUGGUCCAUGAAGGCCUGGAAGGUCGCCACACCAGAGAUUCGGUCACGAUGCGGUUUCUGUGGCGUGGUCUUGGACAGCUGGGGGUCACGAGUGGAACACAUCGCCAACCAUUACCGUAGUGACGGAAAUACGAUGGCGGAUUGGAAGGGUGACUGGGGUUUUGAAGCACCGGUGCUCGAGAUGGUCGAGAACUCGAUCCCGCCAUAUCUCAUUGACAAUGAGCGCAACUCGCCCUAUCCAUACAAAGCCAGUGGCUCCCCAGCGGAAACCCCUCGCAACGCGUACGAACUGAUCAAGAUCGAGCUGGCAUACUUCAUGCAGAACCACUACGAUAAGCACCAAACCCUACCAGACGACCGUCAGAUGCAACUGGAAGCCUGUCGUAUCAUUUUCGCCUCUGAAAUAUUGUCGAUCCGGGAAAUCUCAUCCGAAUUUUCCUGGCUGCGUGAUCUGAUCAUGUCAGACGAGGAAGUCAAACUAUCAGCGAAAUACGGUCCCAUACGUCAGGCGGCUGAAAAUAGGCUGUCUUCUUUGAAACUAGCAUCCAAGGAUACCAUUUUCCAAACUUGUCCUUUGGAGAACCAGCUUCACGAGUUCGUCAGAGCGAAGAGGCUCCUUGGGCUCACCGCUAUGGAUGAUGAGCUGCAACAAACGGCGGCUGAGAUUGUUGGACGUGUCGAGGAAGUUUCCAUCAGUCCCUCGGAUCACAUUGCCAGUUGGCUCGUACGGUGUAUCUUCUCUUCGACCAACUGGCUUGCCAACUUUCGGCAACGAGCCCAUCUUCCCAGAACCGAGGACAUUGUGGUUGUGAAUGAGCGGUCGACAGACACCACCAAGAUCGACUCGACUAUCCACAACUACAGCAGGCUGGAGCACUCCUUGGCAGAUUUUGUGGACAAGCAGAGGGCGUUGGGGGUCGAACCGGACGACGCAGCCUUGCAGCGAGAGGCCAGGAUGGUCAUUUACGAGUUCGACGACGGCUGGAACCAGACCGCCGCCGACAACCUCGACUGGCUCGCCGCCUUCAGGCAACGCCAUCAGCCUACUCCUGCUUCGGGAUCAACCUUGACCACCUCGCCCGAGUCUCAAAGCCAACAGUCACUCCAGCUUUCGGGCUCCGGUGUCUCGCCCACGAGCUUCCAAGCUACCAACACUUUGAGCAACCCGAUCCCUUCUUUCUUGACUGCCGAGACGGCCGCGGCGUAUUUGCCGGCUGAUCAGGCUUCCCUGCCUCGUGGCGUCAAGACAGGACCGUUCUUCUUGAACGACGCAAACUGCUACCGCCGUCUGGCACGUACAUUGACAAAGUAUACUUUGGCGGCCAUGUCGUCAGACAACCCCAACAGACAUACGCCGUCAGAUGCUGAGUUGCAGCUCCAAGCACGGCUCAUUCUCUACGAUGAUGAUGAUCCAUGGAACCAAACCGCAGCCGACAACGCAGAAUGGUUGCGACGCUUCAAGAGGGACGUUGGCAUUAUCGCGGAGCCCGGGCCCGGCCUCCCGCCCGGCGACGCCUGGUCCCUCGAGCAAGGCGGCACAGGCUUCGCGCCCCCGUACGCCUUCCCCAAAGGCAACAUGGCGCCUUUCAGCGAGAAGACGACGGAGGUGCCGAUCCGGAACGUCAAGAUCUUCCAGACGGACUCGAGCAUCACCAACAAGUAUCUCGAGACCUUCAAGACGCGCUACCCCAAGCCCGCAACCAUCUUCUGCGCGCGCGAGCUCGAGGACGGCUUGGUUAAGUUUGUCGAGUCGGAGAUCACUCUGACGGGACAGUUCCCGGACGACGAGGCGAUCCGGGCAAAGGCGCGGAUUAUCCUCAACUCUGCCGAGACCGCCGCGGACGACCCUGUUCUGCUGGGCAAGUUCAAGGGCUGGAUGAUGACGCGGGGCCAGCUUCCCGGUCAGCAGCAGCAGCCGCCGUUACUUGUUCGUCCACAGCCCAGACGACUGCCUACGCCGGCACCGACAGUGUCACCCGCCCCCGCUGUACCUUCGGGCCUGGACCUGACGCUCUCGGAUGCGGAGAUGAACGAUAUCCUACAGGACAUGAACUUUGACCUGAGCGCGGCCGACUUGGAGGGCCUUGACGUGGCCAUGGGAAUGGAUUUCGGAAGUGGCGCGGGAACUGCGUGCUAG